UUCAAUUACAAAACAAAAUAGAAAGUAUCAGCAUAUUACAUCGAUCCUUUAUGAAAGAUUAUAUAUAUAUAAAUAUAAAUAUAACCUUUGGUCUUCAACUGCUAUUUAAUUACAAAACAAAAUAGAAAGCAUCAGCAUAUUACAUCCAUCCUUUAUAAAACAUAAUAUAUAUACAUAUAUAUAUAUAUAACCUUUGGUCUUCAACUGCUAUUCAGAAAGAGGGGUAUUCUAUUCGGUGAGAGUUUCUUCUUAUCCAGCUCCUCGCAAAUGAAAUGAUUCCAUAAUUCCUCACUAAAAGACUUGGUCAUUAUAUAAGAGAGGGAGACCACGAGCUUCUUCUAAACAACAGAAAGUAUCAUCUACCAUUAUCAAUCCUGUUAAACAGUUAAACACUUUGGGAUAUAUGGCAACAAUGUAUAGUGCUGCUGUUGAAGUGAUCUCUAAGGAAACCAUUAAACCCACAACUCCAACCCCAUCUCAACUUAAAAACUUCAAUCUGUCACUUCUCGAUCAAUGUUUUCCUUUAUAUUAUUAUGUUCCAAUCAUUCUUUUCUACCCAGCCACCGCCGCUAAUAGUACCGGUAGCAGUAACCAUCAUGAUGAUCUUGACUUGCUUAAGAGUUCUCUUUCCAAAACACUAGUUCACUUUUAUCCAAUGGCUGGUAGGAUGAUAGACAAUAUUCUGGUCGACUGUCAUGACCAAGGGAUUAACUUUUACAAAGUUAAAAUUAGAGGUAAAAUGUGUGAGUUCAUGUCGCAACCGGAUGUGCCACUAAGCCAGCUUCUUCCCUCUGAAGUUGUUUCCGCGAGUGUCCCUAAGGAAGCACUGGUGAUCGUUCAAGUGAACAUGUUUGACUGUGGUGGAACAGCCAUUUGUUCGAGUGUAUCACAUAAGAUUGCCGAUGCAGCUACAAUGAGUACGUUCAUUCGUAGUUGGGCAAGCACCACUAAAACAUCUCGUAGUGGGGGUUCAACUGCUGCCGUUACAGAUCAGAAAUUGAUUCCUUCUUUCGACUCGGCAUCUCUAUUCCCACCUAGUGAACGAUUGACAUCUCCAUCAGGGAUGUCAGAGAUACCAUUUUCCAGUACCCCAGAGGAUACAGAAGAUGAUAAAACUGUCAGCAAGAGAUUUGUGUUCGAUUUUGCAAAGAUAACAUCUGUACGUGAAAAGUUGCAAGUAUUGAUGCAUGAUAACUACAAAAGCCGCAGGCCAACAAGGGUUGAGGUGGUUACUUCUCUAAUAUGGAAGUCCGUGAUGAAAUCCACUCCAGCCGGUUUUUUACCAGUGGUACAUCAUGCCGUGAACCUUAGAAAGAAAAUGGACCCACCAUUACAAGAUGUUUCAUUCGGAAAUCUAUCUGUAACUGUUUCGGCGUUCUUACCAGCAACAACAACGACAACAACAAAUGCGGUCAACAAGACAAUCAAUAGUACGAGUAGUGAAUCACAAGUGGUACUUCAUGAGUUACAUGAUUUUAUAGCUCAGAUGAGGAGUGAAAUAGAUAAGGUCAAGGGUGAUAAAGGUAGCUUGGAGAAAGUCAUUCAAAAUUUUGCUUCUGGUCAUGAUGCUUCAAUAAAGAAAAUCAAUGAUGUUGAAGUGAUAAACUUUUGGAUAAGUAGCUGGUGCAGGAUGGGAUUAUACGAGAUUGAUUUUGGUUGGGGAAAGCCAAUUUGGGUAACAGUUGAUCCAAAUAUCAAGCCGAACAAGAAUUGUUUUUUCAUGAAUGAUACGAAAUGUGGUGAAGGAAUAGAAGUUUGGGCGAGCUUUCUUGAGGAUGAUAUGGCUAAGUUCGAGCUUCACCUAAGUGAAAUCCUUGAAUUGAUUUGAUAUUGCAUUAUCUACAUGUGUUCCGUAAUCAUGAUUUUCUCCAUUUCCCUUUCCGUAGUUGGUUACAAAGAACCAAAUAAAGGAAAAGAAAAAACUUGUACUGCUCGAUGCUUUGACAUUUUCCAUGUUCAUCCGUAAAUUCCCAUCAGAAAAGAGUUUCAAAUAUUAGGGUAUGAAGUCCGUCCAUAUGUUAGCUUAGUAUGCUUUUCCAACCAUGCUAAAAGACAUAUGGCUGUUCUCCCCUCCCUUGUGCAUCUCUCAAGCUUUGGCUGUUUUCCCAUCCCUUGUGCAUCCAUAGCUAGUGUUCUUCUUUUGGUUGUUUUCGGGUAGAUGAUCCGAAUUAAAAAUAAAAUAAAUAACCCGUGAGACGUUUUUUG